GCCAAUAAUGGACAAAAUCUUCCAGAGGCCUCCCUUUACGAUCCAAAAGUGGUUAACCCGUGGAUCGCAAAUGUCAUUCCAAUUCUAAAUCGGCCCAUUUCUACAAUCCCAGAGCCGAGUGAAUACAUGUGUGGUUUGGGUUCGUGGCGACCAAAAUGGUUACAGAUAUUUGCGUCAACCAAAAUGUUCAUGUUUGUUUUCGGGAGUAUUGGUGUAAUACAGGGCGCGUCCUUUGCGUAUAUGAUCGCAAGUAUUACCACUUUGGAAAAGAGAUACGCUUUCGGCAGCACUAUAUCGGGUCUUAUACUCAUCGCCGACAAUAUUACAGAACUUAUAUUAAGUCCAGUGUUUGGAUAUCUGGCAAAUCGUGUCCAUAGGCCACGAAUAAUAGCUUAUUGUCAACUAAUUGUGGCGUUUGGCUGCUAUUUGGGAGCCCUUCCGUACUUUAUAUACGGACCGGCAGUUCAUUUGUUAAGUAAUCAAGUAAUCAGUGGUCAAGAAUCGGUCGCAAAUCUCAGUAAUAAUACAAGUGUUGAGUUUUGCGAUCAAAAUAGAUUUGGAGAUUAUUCAUGCGAUGAUAAGGAUUCGUCAAACACUGUAAUCCCAGCCGUUAUAAUCCUAUGGAUAUCCAGCUUUUGUAAUGGAGUAGGAUUUGUGGCCUUCUUUACAAUAGGCUAUCCAUUUAUUGACGAUUCCGUCAAAAAGAAAAAUUCUCCACUUUAUUUGGGUCUGACGGGUGCACUCCGUCUUUGCGGUCCAACUCUGGCUUUUAUGCUCUCAUCCUAUUGUUUAACUUUUUAUGAAAACCCAUUUCGUAAGAAU